AUGAAUAGUGCCAUAGAGCUUUUCACCGGGGUUGGUGGUGGCUCGACCCUACUGCUGGCGCACGCCUUGUCGGGAGCUUCGCACCGGCGUCAAGGACAGAAGCGAGGUUCGUACUUCUUUACUAUGGAGAGACAUCUGGGAAAUGCUUAUCAUGCCCAAAACAUCCUGGAGAGUGUCGGAAUUUCAACUCAGAUCCUUUCCUUGGCUCGGCCAGAAGGGUUGAACAGUCGCAUGGCAGCUCUGGUGAAGGAGAAUCCUGGCGUGUGGAUUCUGCACGGAGACGUCUUCGAAAAUCUGGGUGUUUUCAAUGCGCUGUGCAGCAGCAUCGGAAGUCUGGACUUGGUGAUGCUGGACCCUCCACUGGACUUACGAGGUGUUUGGCCGCUUUUAGAUACGGCGUGCAAGCCGAAGUUUUUGGCAGUGCACAAUGCUAACCUGCCUGGUCAUGCGGGGUGGUUGCCCGCACACUUGCGCCGAACAGCAGGAAGCUGGUAUGAGAUGAUGAACGGAUCUCUGGCACUGGGUAAGGGACAGGGAGGUAAGGGAGGGGCGCUUCGGGGAAUCCACGCGCAUAGCGCUAUGGAUAGCGCCAACAUGUCGAUGCUGGCACCUCCAGCCUUCAAGGAGGUGGCGGCAGUCCAGAGAUCCCGUGGCUUGAAACUUGGCAUCCAGUUCAGUGGCACUCCCCCCGACAAGAUCUUCGUGAAAGUCGUGACCCAAGAAUCCUUCGGGUGUAGACAGGGAGUGCAGGCCGGAGACGAGCUCUUGGAAGUAGACGGCCUUCUCCUUGACGCGCUGGAGAACCAGUUUAAAGAACGCUUAGCAGGACGUCCGAUUCGCUUGAGGUUCUCAAGCCCUCACAGCUCGUACACCAUCGCCGCAGCAGAUCACGACAGCGAAAAGCUUGGCGUUACAUUUCAUGGAAUGCCACCCGGUUCAGUAGAGGUCAAGAGUGUCACAGGAGGUCUUUUUGGAAGCGAAAAAGGCGUGCAGGAGGGAGAUGUGCUCACCGAUGCGGGUAGAGAUGCCUUGCAAUCACUGGAUGGAAUGAGUGCCGAGACCUUCAAGAGCUUUUUGAAGGAUCGGCCUCUGAGACUGCGUUUUCAGACUGUGCAGAAAGCCCGGCGGCCCAUUGAAGAGCAUGAGCUUCCUGGGCAACACCCCAAAACUGAGUACACGGUGGCGGCAAACGUUGACACUGGCAAGCUGGGCAUCAGCUUCCACAGCAUGCCUCCUGGCAGGAUUGAGGUCAAGGGCGUUGCUGCGGGCCUAUUCGGCAGCACAGUCGGUGUGAGGGAGGGAGACGUCCUGAUAGAAGUCGGCAGUGACGACUUGCAACCCCUGGAGAACAUAAACGAGGAGGCAUUCAAGGGAUUGCUGAAGGACCGACCACUGAAGAUGAGGUUCCUUGCAUCGCCGGCCAUUGCAACAACUGCCCCAGUCCUUGCAGAGAACUCUUCCAGUCAUGUGGAUCACGGCACCGAGCACCGCGCGCAGAGCGAAAUGCCGGCAACAGACGGCCUUUCGACGGACACGUACACAAUCAUCGCAGGCUUGGAAGUGGGCAAGCUUGGCAUCACGUUUAACGGGAUGCCACCUGGUCGCGUUGAUGUGAAGGGCCUUGCGGAGAAUUCAUUUGGCAAUGAUGCCGGCGUGCGCGAAGGAGAUGUCCUCACGGAGGUGGGAAAGGACGAACUUCUGCCCGUGCAAGGUAUGGACUCUGAGACAUUCAAGCGCUUAUUGAAAGAUCGGCCACUGACAAUGAAGUUCCAGUCCAUUGGGCAGGUUGUUGCAGCUGGUCAGUCUGCUUCGCCAAAUAAUGCAGCAGCCGCUGCCCCCACUGUGGCCACGAACACAUCGGUUGCUGAGCAAGAAAUUCAGCCGCAGAAGAUGGAUCUGCCCGCCAUUGCUUCUGACGAGCGGGAAAUCAUGCCCAAGCAGGUGGACAGCUUGAACCAAGAAGCCAAAGAAAGUCAGGACGAAGGACAAGCUGGGCGAUUGCCACAGGAAGAGGUUGCCGUCACGAAGGAAGACGCAGCUGUCCCGGAUGCCCGGAGCGAACCCCCGCUGUGCCCACAACAGUCUGGAGAAGACGAGAAAAGGAACAUGCUUACAAGGGAUCAGCGCAGCCAACACCAAGACGACAGCACACGUCCCAGACCAGAUGCGACAGAUCGGGAGGCCCAGGUGGAUGCAAAUCUGACUGUUUCUGAUAAUGCCGAAGCACUCGUGGGUGCAGCGGCGGCCGCGCAACACAGCCAUGGUGCACAAGAGCAGCAGCCUGUAUCGCAGGAGCGUCCCGGCAUGGAUGAGCCUGCUCCCAAAACAGAGGCUGCAUCCACGGCGCGAGCAGAGCCGCAAACGGAGGAAUGCAAGGCUGAGCAGACAGCCACGGCAGCAUUUGCACAUGCUCAGAAAGAAGAAGAAGAAUGCGUAAAUACCGCAGGUGCACAGGGUCAGGGCACGCUCCGUUUGCAACAAAAGUCUUCUGAUGCAGAAGUUGUGAUGCCGUGCAAAGGCGGAGGUCGAGAUGGGACUGUGAGUUCACAGGACCAUGGCAACCAACAAGAAGACAGCAUCUGUCCCAAACCUGGUCCGACCUCGGCGAAACGGGAAGAGCUGGAGCAGGACGCCCUGUUGUCUGCGAACGCGAGCAUCAAGGAUGCAGGUGGCCGACCAAUGCGGCCGGCGACGGCACUACUACCACUUGCUAAGAGUGCCACGAAUUCAGCGGAUGUCCGACAAGUUGAGUUCGAGGUUCCUGCCGUUGCCGAGCUUUGCGGAGAGUUGGAGGAGGCGCAGAGGCAAGCUGCUGCAGCAAACGCUGCGCUGUUCGAAGAGCAGAAGGCUGCUGGAGCUGCUGCUCAGACAGUGUCAGAGCUGUAUGCCAGAUUGGACGAGGCCGCGCAGGAGAAGGAUCGCUUGCAGACGGAGUUCUCCACCGAGCAACUCUUGAGGAAGCGGGUAGCCGCGGAACUGCAGGUGAAGAAAGCUGGUCCCGGAGUGGGUGAGGUUUUCAAGCUACAACGCGAGCUCUCCAAAUCGGAGCAUGCUCUGCGAGGGAUGCAGCGCCGACAGCUCCAGGACCGCCAGGACCUUCAAUCAUCCUCGAGUGCGGAGUCUCGCCUGCUGCGUACGGAGUACAAGGCAGAGGUCGCCGCUGCAAAACGCUACCAAAGGGCGGCAGCAAGGACUCCUCCGGCUCCGGAGCGCAGCCCGCUGGAAAGAGCAGAAGCAGCUGCAGCGCGUGGUCUGCAGCGUUUGGAGAUGAGCGAAGCAACCACGAGUUCGCGGCUAACAGGGAUCUCCAGAGCCAACACAAAGCUGCGCAGGUAA